AACACUACAAACUAGUUUUAAAAAAUGGCAAAGAAUAACGAUAUCAAUCUGGAAUUGAGUCUAAGCCAGUAUGUAGAAGAUGAUCCUUGGGUUCUAACGAAGAAGCUAAGUGACUCUGAUCUUUGCUAUAGGGCUCAGCUCUAUUUACCAAAACAAGAGAUGGAACAGUUUAUACUUCCGGAGAUGGAAAAUGAUCUUGUCCGGAAAUUGGGAGCUGGCGUUGAGAUCAAACUCAGAGAUAUUGACAGUGUUAACGACGAUUCUUACACCGUAAGACUUAAAGUACGCAACGGCCAGUAUUAUCUCGAAAAAGGAUGGCGCCUCAUAAAAAAUGAUAAGGGUUUAAAAACAGGAGAUCAUAUUGGACUCUUUUGGGAUAAGUUGACAGGAGAAUUCAAGUUCAAGCAUUUCAAAUCUCAAUCAACAACAAUCCAUCGUGAAGCGGGUACUACUUCGACACAGAAGAAGAAAUUAAAGGAGAAAUAAAUACACACAAGUAACACAAACCAUCACAAAUGUAAGAGAAAUGUGUAUAGGUAAUCUUAAAGUAUAUAUAUUGGGGAAAUGGUCGUGUUAUCCUCGUAAAACAGAACAGUGAUAGAAAAAAAUUAUGCUUCUCUUU